AGAGGAAUUGAGAGAGAGAGAGAGAGAGAGAGAGAGAUAGAGAGAGAGAGAGAGAGAAGAUGAGCAAGAAGAAACUAAUGCUCGAAGAGUACGCCGCCUAUGUCCGAGGAGACGACCCCGAUCUUCCCCCUCCUCAUCCCCUCACCCUCUCUCAACUCAGCAAGAUUUCGGUCAUGAAUGGAUACGGAUGGAUCGGUUGCAGGAAGGAGAUCGGGGAGGACCUACGGCGGUUGUAUCUGAUGAGGCCGUGGAGAUCGACGGUGGAGGAGAGAGGGAUCGCGCCCUCCCCCGAUCUAGGACUCAAGGAGGUGGCCGACGACAUCAGGGCCAUCGGGUGGCAGGAGUGCCCCAUCGGCUCCAUCCUCGCCGUCCGAUCAGGUCUCCCAUCGCAUCCGAAGGCGGCAGAGGAUGCGGAGGAGCUGAAAAAGAAGAAGAAGAAGAAGAUGCGUGCAGUGGAGCAGGUGGCGUCGGUGGAAGCAGAGUCAUCAACCUCUGCGGUGGCUGCCAACGAAGCAAUGAAGAAGAAGAAGAAGAGGACCAUGAUGCCGUUCCCUAGAGUGCGAGGUCAAGUGAUGCCCGCUCACGCGUGCGGGUAGUGUCUGGGCCAUGAAUAUCUGAGCUGAAGUUCGUACCAGCAAUUUUCUUGCACAAUAGGGACUCAAAUAAAUUCUCUCCUUCCAAAUCUUGGGCUAGUAAUAGUUAGGCAAAAGCAGUGAUGGUAACGAUUGCAACAUAAAGUAAAAUGAAGGGCCGAUGAACUGGACGGUUCGUGAUUAUCCGAAUGCACCUGGUAUAGCAAUACCUUUUCACAUAGAGGAGUGGUCCAUUUCACACCUGCUGUUGAGCUGGAACGGAGCUGUGAAGCCCCCUGUACACAUCAAAAUACAGAGAACUUGAAAGCGAGAUGGAAUAAUCCAGGUUGUUUGAUGAGGAAAAAGAGGAGUGCUAGAGAGAAGAGGGGAGGUAGUGAGGAUAAGGGGGAGUUAGGGUUGUUUAAGGUAUCAUGUGGGUGCAUGUGCACUUAGGUGGGAGAACGUGCCCUAUCUCACAAGCAAACCCUUCUCAGUACAUGCCACCUCUCUAUCUCUCUCUCUCUCUCUGGACAUUCAUUGUCCCUGUAUCUAUGUACAUUAAGUAACAUUUAUUCAUGGGACAUGCCAACAAGUUCUCAUAGCAAUAUAUAUUAGAGAUCUUCACUAUUGCAAGUUGCAAGACAUUUGUAUCUCCCUCUCCCCCCUCUCAACCUCUCCCCUCCUUCAUGCUUUUAGUAAGGUUUGUAGCAACAUACUCUUCCACCCUUCAACCAAAGUUCUUUCCUACAAACCUCCUGUCAAAAGCCAUUCAUGCAACAUGAGAGCCUCUAAAAACUCGCUCUCAUCCGUCGGCUUCAACAGUGCGACUCCGGGACAAAAUAUGCAGCGCCGGACUCGAGCCAGCUUGCUCUUGCUCCGUGCCAUGCACCGACAUGCCCUAAGAAGAGGGAAGCAAUUGUCGGCGAGGACUAAAAGCAUGACACGAAAACCAACUGUCUCGAAGAGGCGGAACCUUCUAGAAGGUUCUAGAAAGCCUGCAAGUGCUGUCAAGAGGAAGAUUAGGGUUCUCCAGAGGCUUGUGCCAAAUAGCGAGUCCACCAGGCUCGAUGAGCU